AUGAAGGCCAAUACAUUGUUAGCCGUCGCGGCCGCCCUAGGCCCCUUAGGGGUCGCCGCCGGCUCCCCUGUUACAGCCAGCAAGAUGGAAGAGAUGAUGGACAUCAAGACGAAGCAGUGGGACGCAGCCCGCGCCAGGGGCCUCUUUGGCGGCUCGACCCUCUACCGCAAGGUCACCGCCAAGCAGCGGUGCAUCAACGGCGUGGCCGGGAAAGGCACCGCCGCGUACCGCUGCAACAACGUCGACUUGCACGGCUUCCUCAGCCACGAGGACCUGGCCUCCGCCACCAAGGCCGGCAACGAUGUGUGGGGCUGGACGGCCCCCGGCGGCCGCGAGUUUGGCAUCGUCGGGCAGACGGACGGUGUGGGCUUCGUCGAGAUCACCCGCAACGGUAACCUCGAGUACCUCGGGCGCCUCGACACGCAGACGACGGCGACCAGCUGGCGCGACAUCAAGGUGAUCGGCCACCACGCCUACAUCGGCGCCGAGUCGGACAACCACGGCCUGCAGGUGUUCGACCUGACCAAGCUGCUGGACAUCAAGCCCUGGUGGAACCCCUUCUUCUGGCAGCCCCGCGUCUUCAGCAAGGAGCGCGACCUGACGGCGCUCUUCACGGGCUUCGGCGCCUCGCACAAUAUCGUCGCGCACGAGGAGGCCCACAUGAUCUACGCCGUGGGCGGGCGGUCGGGCGCCAACGCGCGCAACACCACCUGCGCGGGCGGCAUGUUCAUGGUGGACGUGUCGGACCCGGCCAACCCGGUGUCGCCGGGCUGCAUCGCGCAUGACGGCUACGUGCACGACGCGCAGUGCGUCGUGUACACGGGCCCCACGGAGAAAUACCGCGGCCGCGAGAUCUGCUUCAAUUACAACGAGGACACGCUGACCAUCAUGGACGUGACGGACAAGAAGAACCCCGAGGUGGUCUCGCGCACGCCCUACGAGGGUGCCGCCUACACCCACCAGGGCUGGCUCGUCGACGAGACCAUGACCUUCCUGCUGCUGGACGACGAGUUGGACGAGAUGGACGGCACUGUCCCCGGCGAGAAGGAUCACACCACCACCUACAUCUUCAACGUCACCAACCUGGCCGAACCCAUCAAGACGGGUUUCUACCAGAGCCCGGCCAAGUCUAUUGAUCACAACCAAUACGUCGUCAAGGGUCUGACCUACCAAGCCAACUACGGCUCGGGGCUGCGCGUGGUCGACGUUUCCGGUGUCGAGCGGGACCCGACGGGCGGCAACUUCGAGGAGGUCGGCUUUUUCGACUGCCAUCCGGAGGACGACGACGUUAAUGGCGUGGUCGAGUUCCUCGGGACCUGGUCGGUGUACCCGUACUUCAAGUCGGGGUACAUUCUGCUCAACUCGAUUGAGAGGGGUAUUUUCUCGCUGAAGUACACGGGGCGGAAGGCUAAGUUCUAA